AUGGCAGGAUCUUUGAGCAUCCAGGAACCCAAUUUAGUCCAGGGUAAUGAUGCCAACAUAUAUUACUACAUGGAUGAUGCAUCACCACUAAGGACAUUGAGAAUUCCAAAAAGCCAGAACAGUUAUCUGGAAGAAUGGCUGCCCUAUAAGAGUAGAUACCUGUCUGUGCUCCUGGACAUGGAGGCCCUGCCUGAUGUCAUGGCUUGUUUUACUUCAUUCUAUGGCUUGUUGGUUUGGUGCUACACUUGGGCCAUGGCAGAGCACCAUGCCUGGCAGGAUGCUGCCAGCCAUGUAGAUGAAGAGUGGGAGGACAUUGAGGAGAGUCAACAACCAGCACAUCUCAACCCACCAAAUGAUAGAAGCUAUCUGACAGUUGUGGACACUGGUGGCAUGCACUUUUGCAAUGUGCAGUAUUGCAACUGCCCUGGGUCUGAGGAUUCACAUCUUCAGCUUACCAUGGCCAGCCUAUUCCCCACUACAACAAAGGCACUGAGGACAACUUUCACUUUCCAAGUGCUGGAGGACUUCAUCAGGGACAAUGUUGAAUCAAUUCAGAGAGUCACCUUGAGCAUGUUUCCUCACCUAGUGCUGGGAAUUGCUCAGGGUGUCAAGAAUGUGAGGGUCCUAAAGCUGUUGAAAUGGCAGGGAUUCCAUCAACAGUCACCUGAUCUCUGGGCUGGUGAACUUGUCCUCUUCUGCUCUGCCUGUCCCCAGCCAGGGAUCAAGGUACUGGAUCAGGACAUUGAUCUCUCUGACUGGCAGUUUGCUAGGACCUUUGUGAUGGACAGCAACUUCAAGGUGAAGCAUAUGCUGCCCAAGAAUGCUGCUGAAGAGGUCUGGCUCAUGGAUGGAAAUGGCUUCAUGGACACAUCAGCUCCAUACAAGGAAUACUUGACUGGGACCAUAAAUCAAAUAGAAAAAUCUGACUGCAAUAACCACUGGGCUGUUAAUCAAGCAAAUGCACAAAGGAAUAAGCUGGAAUCCACCAUCAGGGACAAAAGCAUUGCAAUGCACUUUUUGGAAAGAAUAGGGUGUAUCUCAGCAUGUGUGGCUUUGUUUGGACUGAACCAUAGUGCACUGGAGAGCCUAGAGUCACCCCUUCCCAAUGGUAUAGCAUUGGCAUUGAAACAGAAGUUCAAGGUUGCCAAGCAGUCAUUAGCAGCAAUCCAAGAUAAAUUUGGCAAGUUGGAUAGCAAGGUACCAGAUGGCUUGCAUCAUUUAUGGGUGGAACAAGAACUUGUGGGGAAGUCAUGCCAGUGGAAUACUCCACAAGCCAUGGACAUAUAUGAAGUCUGGCUGGAGAAGGGUAAGGGGGCCAACUGUAUCAUCUGUCCUGUGACUUACAUACAUCAUGGUAGCACCCACCAUGAAAGCCAUUGA